GCCUGGUAGGAGUCGCGCGCCGCCGAGGAGAAUGAGGCUCGCGGUCUGCUCCGUGCUGUGCGCGGGGGCCCUGGGGCUGUGUCUGGCUGUCCCUGAAAAAACUGUGAGAUGGUGCACUAUCUCAAGUCAUGAGGCCAAUAAAUGCUACAGCUUCCGUGACAACAUGAAUAAUGUCCUUUCAGUGGAGGGUCCUCAUGUCACCUGUGUGGAGAGAACCUCUUACCUUGAGUGCAUCAAGGCCAUUGUGGCAAACAAAGCAGAUGCUGUGACCAUUGAUGGAGGUUUGGUGUUUGAGGCAGGCCUGGCCCCCUACAACCUGAAGCCCGUCGUGGCAGAAUUCUACGGGUCAAAAGAUGAUCCACAGACUCACCAUUAUGUUGUAGCCGUGGUGAAGAAGGGCAGCGAUUUCCAGCUGAACCAGCUCCAAGGCAAGAAGUCCUGCCACACAGGCCUGGGAUGGUCUCCUGGGUGGAACAUCCCCAUCGGGAUACUUCUUCCCUCUGACUUGGUUGAAAAAGCAGCGGCUAAGUUCUUCGCGGACAGCUGCGUCCCCUGUGCGGAUCAGACGGCUUUCCCCAAACUGUGCCAACUGUGUGCGGGGAAGGGGACCGACAAGUGCGCCUGCAACUCCCACGAACCGUACUUCGGCUACUCAGGGGCCUUCAAGUGUCUUCAGGACAGUGUGGGGGACGUGAGCUUCGUGAGGCACAUGACGGUGUUUGAGAACCUGGCUGACAAGGCUGACAGGGACGAGUAUGAGCUGCUCUGCAGGGACAACACCCGGGGGCCUGUGGACGAGUACAAGAGGUGCCACCUGGCCCGGGUCCCUUCCCACGCUGUCGUGGCACGAAGCAUGGGCGGCAAGGAGGACUUGAUCUGGGAGCUUCUCAACCUGGCCCAGGAAAAUUUUGGAAAAGACAAGUCAGCAGAAUUCCAGCUCUUCGGCUCUCCUCAUGGAAAGGACCUGCUGUUUACGGACGCCGCCCUUGGGUUUUUAAGAGUCCCACCUAAGAUGGACGCCAAGCUAUACCUGGGAUAUGAGCAUUUUUCUGCCAUCCAGCAUCUAAUGAGUGACCUAGGGACAGAAGACCCCCAGAGGGUGAUGUGGUGCGCAGUGGGCCAGCACGAGAAGGCCAAGUGUGACGAGUGGAGUGCCCUGAGCGGUGGCAUCUUGAAGUGCACCGCGGAGGAGACCACGGAGGGCUGCAUCACCGCCGUCGCAAAAGGAGAGGCUGAUGCCAUGAGCUUGGAUGGAGGCUUCAUCUACACAGCGGGCAAAUGUGGUCUGGUGCCUGUCCUGGCAGAGAACUACUUGUCUCAAGAUGGCAAAGAGCAGCUUGGGUCUAAGUGUGUGAACACACCUGUGGAAGGUUAUUACGUCGUGGCAGUGGUCAAGAAGUCAGAUGCUGACCUCACCUGGGAUUCUCUGCGAGGCAAGAAGUCCUGCCACACUGCAGUUGGCACUUCUGCAGGCUGGAACAUCCCCAUGGGUUUCAUAUACAACCAAACUGGGUCCUGUAAAUUUGAUGAAUUCUUCAGUCAAAGCUGUGCCCCUGGGUCUGAUCCAGCGUCCAGUCUCUGUGCCCUGUGCAAUGGCAGUGGCACGCCAGCCCACACGUGUGCUCCCAACAGCCACGAGGGGUACUACGGCUCGAGUGGGGCUCUCAGGUGUCUGGUUGAGAAGGGAGACGUGGCCUUUGUGAAGUAUCACACGGUCCUGCAGAACACUGACGGAAAGAACCCUGAAGCCUGGGCGAAGGAUCUGAAGCAGGAGGACUUCCAGCUGCUGUGCCUCGAUGGCACCAGGAAGCCUGUGACCGAGGCUCAGAGCUGCCACCUGGCCAUAGCCCCAAGUCAUGCUGUGGUCUCAAGGAAAGAUAAGGCGGAUUUUGUCCGCAGAAUGCUCUUCAAUCAACAGGAGCUCUUUGGAAGAAACGGGUUUGAAUACAUGAUGUUCCAGCUGUUCAAAUCCUCAAGCAAGGAUCUGCUCUUCAGCGAUGAUACAGAAUGUUUGACUAACCUUCAGGACAGAACAACUUAUCAAAAAUACUUAGGGCCAGAGUAUCUUCAUGCUAUUGCUAACAUGAGACAGUGCUUACACUCUGAACUUCUGGAUGCCUGCACAUUCCAUGGAAAUUAAAAAUUGAUCCAAGUGGGCAACCGCAGAGAUGCUCAGAGCCUGCAAAUCCAGUGGGGCCACAUUCUCACUUGUCUGCAUGAAAACUUCAUGAAAUGUUCUCAGAUUUUGGCAGGGGCAGAAAAUGGUUUGUUUAUACUAGAAUUGUGCUUCUGAAUUUAGUAUGUUUUAAAUUAUAUCUUUUUUUAGACCUCUACCAUACUAGCUCAACUUCCCUCCCUAUUGUUUGAUGGUUUUACCCACGAGUCACUUAAAUAACAUUUAAGCAAUAAAUCUGUCUGAAGGGAGUCUGAGUGUGCAAAAAAAGCAUUAGUGUGUGCAGUAUCAAGGACUGAUAAGGAAUGAGUUUCUGCAUUUUGAAAAUAUAUUUGAGCAUUUAAAAUCCAUAAUGUCAAGCGGAAUCAAACUCCUGAUCAGAUUAAUUGAAAAAUAUGAAAAUUACCGCAAAAAUCUCAUCCUACUACCUUUUUGCAGUAUAUUUCCUAGAAGUGUGAUUUACACUCAUUUAAGUCAGUUUCUUAUCAGAGAUUUUGCCUUAUCUAUUAUUACCAUGAUUCCAGCCUAUGGUAGUGCCUCAAUAAAUGCUGCAUGGGAACCCAAGUUAUAUAUUGUGAAGUGUCAGUUUGGUGUAUGGACUUCUGCUUCUGCCUGUGAAUGAGUAACCAGUACAGGAUUUGCUGUCCUUCCAUAAACAACUAAAAAACUGGAAAAAAUACAUGAAACAAAUGUUCUCAAACAUUGGGCUAUAACAGUGCAGGACUAUGAUCCUUGAAAGAAGGAAAAGAAAAGAGGUGUGCAGAGUGAUGACCUUACUUUUUCCUUAGAGGAAAUUUCCAGAUCAUGGCAAAGGGAGCAGGAACCCAAGAGAGCCCAUCACACUGAGUUGAGGAAACAGAGAUAGGAGUUUGGGGAAGCCAGAGUGACUGGAAUUUGUAUACAGAGAGAUCUGUACAGGAGUCUCCUUGAAAUGUUUGGCAAAAUACUAAUCUGCUUGUGUAUAGAAUGAAACUGAAGUCCGUCAGGCUAGGCAAAGAAUGACUGUGAGAGGCCCAUAAGCUGAACAAUGCCCAGGGCUCCCAUGGGGCCAGGAGUCAAUCACGUUCCUACCAACCAGUGUGAAGAGACCUCACUGAACACCUAAGCUUUUCUCUGAAGGCAGCUGGGGCUGAAAUAGCUGUAGACUAAGGGCUGCUCCAUAACUGCCCUUACUGAGAGUGACACUAGCCUUGGUGAGAUCAAGCAGAUCUGCAAGUCACCUGACUGCCCUCUAAAAUAAACCUCAAUACUCACUAAAGGAAUACAACAAAAUCUAAAUAUUCAACAGUGUGACAUGCAUAAUAUCCAGCAUCAGAUACAAAGAUUACCAGAUGUGCAAAGAAGCACAAAAUGUGACCCAGAGUCAUCAGAAAAAUCAACCAGUAGAAACUCACCUAGAAACCACAGAGAUGAUGGUAUUCAGACAAUUAACUUUAAACAGUUGUUAUAAACAGGCACAAGGAUUUAAAUGAAAACAUGAAGAGAAUUCCCUGGCACUCCAAUAGUUGGGACUGGGAGCUUUCACUGCCAAGGGCCCGGGUUCCAUCCCUGGUUGGGGAACUAAGAUCCCACAAGCCAUGUGGCCAAAAAUACAUACAUACAUACAUACAUGAACAUAACAAAGUAAAAAGUGUAAGGUUUCAAAAAGAACCAGUGAAAAUCUAGAGCGGCAAAAUUUGUGU